GUGAUUAAAAUAUAAUAUCAAAUACAGUAAACAUUUGAUUUGAAAGUGAAUUAAACAAAUGAUUUGUUGAAUAAAAAACAUUGCUUUGAAUUGUGAGUCAAAUUCAAACACAAUAUGAAUCUAAAUAUAUUGCUAUUGAAUAACAUUUGCCGACAAUUACUGCCAUUGAAUGAGUUUUCACUCAAUAUAUUAGGGAAGCGCUUGAUAUGUAAGAGUCCGGGACAGUCACAGAGAGGCAAGAAGAGGCCCCCGAAGAACAUCAAACUCAUUGCUAUUCCCGGACAGAGAGUCGAUGAGAGAGACAUAUUAGGCAAACAGAAGUCACUCAAAUAUCACCCCGGUUUCAAUGUGGCAUUGGAUCCGAAGAACAAGAACUUGUAUGCAUUGACUGCGGGGACAGUGUUUUACUCGAUUGAAAAG